CAAAAGUAUAGGGAUGGUUCCCACACGGAGUUACCACUGAAUAUCCGACUGUGUACUGCUUUUGUGACUAUGCAGCCCAAAAUCUUUCCCUUUAAAUUGUCUUCUCAUCACCUUCCAUUUCCAUAACCUCUUCUGCACCUCUCCUUUUGAGAACCCUCAGAAAAGAGAACAUAGAAAAUCCUCCCCUCCUCUCUUUCUUUCUCUCUCUCUUUAUCUCUCAAAGCAAAAAUGGGGUCGCCACCUUCAUCCUUUAUCAAACAAAAGGCCAUUAUAUUCCUCGGAUUUUUCAUGGUCUUGUUCUUGUGCUCUUUAGCAGAUAAAUCCGAGCUUUGUUCUAACUCCUCUUUUUUGAACUCUAGUGUUCCGUCAUAUAAGAGUUUCUCCAACAUCCCUUGGCUGGAAACACUGAAUUUAGAUGGUUACUUCAGCUUUGAUGAUAUUGAACAUGCAGCUAAAGACUUUGGCAAUAGAUACCAUUUCCAACCAUCAGCGGUUCUGUAUCCCAAAUCAGUUGCUGACAUUUCCUCCACGAUAAAGUAUAUUUUCGAUAUGGGCUCCACUUCAGAGAUAACAGUUGCAGCCAGAGGCCAUGGUCACUCCGUUCAGGGUCAAGCACAAGCUCAUCGAGGUAUAAUAAUCAACAUGGAAUCACUUCAGGGUACAGAGAUGCGGAUUCACAUGGGGGAGACACCUUAUGUGGAUGUAUCAGGGGGCGAGUUGUGGAUUAAUGUUCUGCAUGAAACUGGUAAAUAUGGGCUUGCACCGAAAUCUUGGACAGAUUACCUUCAUCUCACCGUAGGGGGCACCUUAUCAAACGCCGGAAUUAGUGGACAGGCGUUCCGACAUGGACCUCAGAUCAACAAUGUUUACCAGCUGGAGGUUAUCACAGGCAAGGGAGAAGCAAUUACCUGUUCCGAGCAGCAAAAUGCAGAUCUCUUUUAUGGUGUUCUCGGAGGGCUUGGACAGUUUGGCAUAAUCACUCGGGCUGUAGUAUCUCUUGAACGGGCGCCUAAGAUGGUGAAAUGGAUCAGGGUAUUGUACUACGAGUUCUCCAAACUCUCCAACGACCAAGAGUAUUUAAUAUCAUCUGAGAAAUCUUUCGACUACAUUGAAGGAUUUGUAAUAAUAAACAGAACUGGUCUCCUCAACAACUGGAGGACCUCCUUCAGUCCCAAAGAUCCACUUCAAGCCAGCCAAUUCAUCUCAGAUGGAAGAACACUUUAUUGCCUGGAAAUUGCUAAAUACUUCAAUCCAGAUGAAUCUGACAUCAUGAACCAGAAAACUGAGGAGUUACUGUCAGAACUAAGUUAUAUUCCAUCAACACUUCUCAUGUCAGAAGUAUCUUAUGUGGAAUUCCUGGAUAGAGUGCAUGUGUCUGAGACAAAGCUCCGAACAAAAGGCUUAUGGGAAGUUCCACAUCCAUGGAUGAAUCUCCUAAUCCCAAGAAGCAAAAUUUCUGAAUUUGCUCAAGAGGUCUUUGGCAACAUUCGCUCAGAGGGUAGCAAUGGUCCCAUCCUCAUCUAUCCAGUCAACAAGUCCAAGUGGAACAAUCGAACAUCUUUAAUAACCCCAGCAGAAAAUAUUUUCUAUAUAGUGGCAUUCCUCUCCUCCGCAGCACCAUCUUCCACAGGCAAAGACGGCUUGCAACAGAUUUUAACCCAAAACCAAAAAAUUCUAGAUUUCUGCGCCAAGGCUAAUCUUGGAGUAAAGCAAUAUUUGCCUCAUUAUGGCAAACAAGAAGAAUGGCAAGCUCACUUUGGCACUCAGUGGGAAGUUUUCGUACAGAGAAAAUCAACUUAUGACCCUUAUGCAAUCCUAGCUCCUGGCCAAAGAAUCUUUAGAAGGAAAUAAACCUUCGUAAAACUGUAUCUAGUCAGGUAAGCCCCAAAAUAAACGAAGUGCACGAGAACCAUAUGGAGCAAUGAUGCCGAUAACUGUAAAUCAUUAGAAGUCUUAAUACGUUGUUGAGUUUCCACAAGCAGCACUAGCUACUAGAUCAUUUGAGGGUUAAUUUCACCAAUAGCUUCCAAAGUUAUACCCUCAUUCAGCGCUAUGAUUGAACUUCAAUUUGUAACUCUAAAAUAAUUAAACUUUGUUAAUCAUAAUUGUCGCUAUGUUCGGCCAAACCAUGACCGCAGUAUUGGAAUAACAACCAUAUUAGCCUUUUUUUUUU